AAGAACCGGACGGACGCACCGACGCUGCCUGCAGGAUCUACCGGGCACCGAGCUACCGGGGCCGGGCCGAACCCCCCGGUGUGAUUCUCCUGUGCGCCCCGGAGCGUCGGGCAGGAUGAAGAAAAGCAACCAGAGCAGACGGGGCGUUCAGGACUCUGGUCCACAGGCAGUCCAGCAGCCGGAGAAAGUGGGCUGGAUCAGGAAGUUCUGCGGCCGAGGGAUCUUCAGAGAGCUGUGGAGGAACCGGUACGUGGUCCUGAGAGCAGACCACCUCUACAUCUCUGACAAGGAGGUGAAAGACGAACGGAAAGCACAGGAGGUGUUUGACCUGGCUGACUACGAGCGUUCAGAGGAGCUGAGGAAGGCGAAGAGUCGCAGCAAGAAGAACCACAGCCGCUUCACCGUGCUGCGCUGCAGACAGCCGGGAAACACCGUUCCCAACCUUGUGUUUCUGGCGGUGAGUCCAGAGGAAAAGGAAUCAUGGGUCAACGCCCUCAAUGUGGCCAUCAUCAAAGCCAAGAACCGCAUCUUAGACGAGGUGACCAUCGAGGAGGACAGUGCGCUGGUUCAUCCCACCAGAGACCGGGCAAAGAUCCCUCAUGGCCGCCGGCUGCCGACCAGAGGACACCUGAUGGCAGUGGCGUCCACCUCGUCCCAUGGCAUGCUGACUCUGGACCUGGUUGCAGAGGAGGAUGGUUUCUGUCCGGACUACGAUGACGCCUCCCGGGAAUCCUGGGAUAACAGCUUCCCAGACGAGCUGCAGAGGGGGGGUUCGUGUGGACAAGUGGCAGUUGUCGGAUCUGGGGGGUGCGGAGUUCGUCAGCGAGCCGGCACCGACGUGUCCAAGCUCCGGGUGACAUCCAAGGAGCCCAAGGUGAAGACCAGCAGUCUGCCCAGGGGGAGUGAGCGGUCCUGGGGCAAACAGUCCCACCUGGAGGCCUGCAAGGUCCACAAGACCCAGCAGGUGCAGGUGCUUCAGGCUCAGUCUCGAACACCACAGCCCGGGAAGAGGUUCAGCAUGCAGGGCCGGAGUCGCUGUGCCUCCAUGGAUGAAGUCCUCUCCUCCAGACCGGCAAUGAUUCGCUCUGAGUUACGCUUCGCUCUGCGGCGUUACCCGACUGAAGAGGAGGCGGGGGGCGGGGCUUCAGUACAGCCGGUCGGCCAGCUGCAGAGCCUAAUCGCCCAGCGGAUGCAGAGAGCUCAGGAGCUGCUGGAGGAGAUGAGACUGCAGGAGCUGCAGAAGGCCAAAGCAGAGAGAGAACGAGGAGGCAGCUCCCCCUACCUGAAAGGCGUCGGCUCCCCUCGCCUCCACCACCUCAGGGGCUCGGACUCUCCUCACUCCAGCAGGUCGUCUGGAUCUCCAAGGAGCAGGAGCAGCGACUCUCCUCGCCUCCGGGGCAAAGACUCUCCUCGUCUGAGGGGGAGAGAGUCUCCUCGAUCCAAAGCCAAGAGGAAUCGCUCCAAAGGGGCCGACUCGCCUCGCUCCAGAGGGUCUCAUUCACCUGCCGCUAAAGCAAACGACUCUCCUCGACUGAAAGAUUCAGCUCGUCACGCUGCCACCGACUCCCCUCAGACAAAGAGCUCCGACGCGGUCCGUUCACCAAAACUCAAGGGAUCGUCCAGCUCCUCUUGUCCCAACAAGGAGGACGACUCUCCCGUGCAGAAGUCGCCUGAAUCACCUCCAUGUGUCAGCAGAUUCGACUCCUCGCAUGUUAAAGGAUCCGAUUCACCACGAAGCAGUGAAACCGACUCCCCUCGUGUGGGGAGCAGCAAGGAGUCGCCCUGUCCGAGUCAGAAGAACUCCCCGAGCCUUUCUGGACCCUAUGAGUCCUCGCAGCCCAAGACCCCCGACAAACACCGCCUGUCCCCUCCUUCGCCGUCCUCGCCUCCGUCCCUGCUGUCGGAGGAGGACCUCGAGGUGGAGAACAGGCGUGCCGAGGCCGAGCGUCUCCUGGAGGAGGCCGUGUCGUCGUGGAAGGAGGCACAGGAGGUGCUGCAGGAGGUGAAGGAGCUGCAGAGCCAGACUCUACGGCGGCAGCGCAGGAGGACCUACGAGAAGAUGACGCCAACAGCGGCGGUGGCUCAGUUGCCAACAGCGACCGCGACGGCAGAUGAGGACGAUACGCCCACCUCACCGACGUCACCUGAGGAUGACGACGAGUCUGAGACACCUUGAUGAGGAUUUUCUUUCUUACAAAUCUUUAUUGAAUAAUUGACUUUACUCGAUGAAAGUAGCAGCGUUUUUUCAGCAUGCUUACACACAAAAAACCCAGACAGGAUUUGCAUAAUUUGGGAGUUUUUAAUUCUAUUCCUUAAAUGUUUUUCAUCUUCUAAUCCAGGGAUGGUUGCACGUGAACACUUCAGCAAGUGUGGAUUAUUUUGAAACCAGCAAUACAGUUCUUCCCAGGAGGUUUAACGACUUUAAUCCUCCACAGUGCACUAGACCGCCCUCACUUCUGCUGCCCGUUUUAUUCCACAAAGUCUCUUUGCGUGACGGAUGUGUCACAUUUAAUUUGAUUAAACAGAAUUUAGAGCCAAGAGGCAGUGGGCGCUCCCACUCCACUUUUUCGAAUGAUGCUGCACGUUGUUCCUGAAGCCUCUCCUAUGAUUUUCCAGGCAACAUCUUCCCCCAAGAGCUUUUUGGAAAUAUAUUUGGGGUUUUGGGAGAUGGAAAAAAAGACAGUUUGAUUUAAAGACAAUUUUUUUUCCAAGCAAAGAUGUCAACGUUUAUAUAAUGGGAAACUUUUUCAAUGCGACAAAAACGUAAAGGCACUGAAUUUCUUAGGGACUUGAUGAAUAAAUAUCUGUUACCUGAUUUCUUUGAUAUUUAUAAUAUGUCUUCUUGUGCGACAUUUCUGUUAAAACAAUCUUAUAAAUUGUCAGUCUGAUGUAGUUGUAGCCCCAUAAAUGCCCUUCCAGCUCACUGAUGUGACGUUUCAAACAUUUGCAGUGAGUUUUGUGUAGCUACAACAAAAAUCAGGGAGUUCAGUGUUUUACACCGUAAAGAGAAAAUAAGCAAUACUGUCAAUGAGAAACAAAAUGUGUUCUCUAAGACUUGUUAAUCAGUAAUGGGCUGUAACAGACCAAAAAGCACGGUUUAACCCAGAUUAACCUCUGUUCCUCCCCCUCUGUGCAGUAUGUACUCUGUUUCUUUUUAUUACAGCUUGGGAUUUGAUCUGUGGUAAAACAUUUAAGAAUAUAUAAGCUGAAAUUAAAACCGUGAAGAUCUUAAAACUAGAAUUUGAAACACGGACCAUUCACAUGAUCGGGUAAUAAAGCAGGACCCACCUUAAAGUCCUUUUUACGUCUGCUAAUGGUUGUGUUUUAGUGCUGCUUUUACAAUUAGCACAAUUAGUACUGGACUGGAUAUUUGAGGACAGUUGAGUUUAAAAAGUCCAACAGCAAUACAUCGGCCCAGAGUGCUUACUUUAAAUAUAUAAAUAAAACAUUUCCAUUUCUUAAAAUUGUUUUUAAAGCAACAUUAUGUAAGAUGGGGUUUUUUUGCGCGAUUUGGCAUCCCUUUGUUGUGAUUCCAUCGCCAGUCGUUGCUAACAGCCAAAAAUCAAGUAAGCACGACAUCACAAGACGCAGCAACAUUACUGACUAGUCCAACAGGAAGAAGGCCAGCUCACCGUUGGUCCUGCAGACUUUUAUUUCACAAAUCUCUCGCCAACGUCCGGCAGCUUCUUGCUCGGUCCUGCUCUUUUUCCCUCAGCGUCCUCUUCGGUCUCUACUCCUCUGCCUUUAGCUAACGUUACAUCCUGCUGAUCCCGGUUAUAUUGCCCCCUCGCUUGGCGCCGGCUCUCCACCUGCAGCAGCAUGAAGUUGCUUGGUUGGGGAGCUAGCCAACAAAGCUAGCCAGCAACUGACGCUGGAGCACUAACAGUUUCCGAUGUCCGAGUGUGUUAGCUAGUAAGUUUGCUAACAUCAACUCCACACUUGUAGCAGAUGUGAAACCUCUGGCUGGUUCACUUUGCAAACAAGCAAGAGCAACAAGACAGUAAGUUAUUACUGACUAGUCCAACAGGAAUUACCUGUCCUCCAACCUAAACAACAAAAUAUGAUGUUGGUCCAUGCCUCCCGAAAAGACACGAGCAUUUCCAAUACCAGACAACUUAACUACUUACGUAAGUCACGUGACAUUCAACACGUGGUAAAUGUUGUGAAAUGUUCACAGUUUGGUCAGGUUUAGCAAAAGAUUAGGAUUUGGGUUAAAAUAAGUCAAUUAUGUAAGUCACAUGACGGACGUCAGUAACUCUAUACAACUUAAAACUCAUAUCAUUUACUUGGCUUCACACGGGACUCAAAAGUUGGAAAGUGAAAGUUUUGACCCAUCCGACCUCCUAAAGCCCUGGAUAUACUUGCUUUUAACUAUGCGUUCAUAGCAAGAUGGCUGCCACGCGUAUCCUGCUUUCCUUUGGAGCGUAGGUUGUGCACGCCAACCGCCAGUAAACGCAAUUACCGAGAUCAUUGUGACGUCUAAAAUCACAACCUGCUCGAGUGUCGCCAUGUUUGGUUUGUUUACAAUGUGGAAAAUUCGGAGACUGUCGAGGAAGAUAAUCCGGUGUCUGCGAGGGAGAAUCCGGUCCUGGUCUGCCCCCUAGUGGAUUCAGGUACACGCAAAGUACGCAGGCAAGUAUGUGAACAAAGCCGCUUGCUUCGCCGAAGCCUGUCGACGCCUACGCAUUGUUAAAAAGCAAGUAUAUCCAAACGGACCUUCUGACUAUUAAUACUACGUCACCUGACUUCCUUCUUUGCUUCUGUCGUACGGCCACUAGAGGUCGCUACCACAGUAAACCCAAACAUAGGUCGUAAUAUCGCGCUGCACAAACGACCCAUAUUGUCUUUUUCUGGGAGGCCAGCUCGCCUUCUGUCCUGCAGCCUUUCAGCUCUUUUAGCUCAACGAGUAAAAGCGUCUGAUUUUUACUCACAUCCGGUCAUUCUCUCUUCCUCCGACGUCUUCUUCGGCCUCUUCAGCCUCUGCCGUGAUAUCUAUACUGAGAAUACUUCUUCCAAAGAACUCACAUUGUACUUUAUAUACUUGUUGCUUCGUCUUAUAGUUCUCUGCAGAGUCGUGUUGGUGCCAUGAAGCUUUACGCUGUUCUCUCGAUAGGUUUCAAUGCUACAUCGUUCAGUAACAGCAGUGGGAAUGAGACGCCAUCCACCCUGUUACAAGUCAGUGUUCCAUCAAAAUGACUUUCCAGCUGUUAUUUUAAGAGAAAAAUAAAAACUACAUAAUGUUGCUUUAAACAAUCACGACCACCAUGUACUGGAGCAUUUCGCAGGUGGAGUAUAAAUUUGGAUGGACACGUGACAAGACGUGUAUCGCCAAACAAAAAACAAAAAUUCACGCGUUGUGGAUAUAAAUGACAACACGUUUGUGUCGCAGACGUGAAUGAACGACAAGAAGUCGCAGGUGAUGUUGAAAUGAAAUGUAUGAUCUGACGUGUUCCUCUGGUUGCUCAAGCUAAUAUCUGCUGAUUUAUCGAUCGAGCUCUAGUUGACACACAGAAAUGUUUAUAGCACAUAAACAGUGCUGAAAACAUUUGUUCUAUAAUUGUGUACUAUUAGCAUAUUAGCAUAAAAUAAAUAAUAAAUAACAAUUUAUAGAUUCACAAAAAUACUAAACAACUUUCUGGAAAUAUGGACGACAUGUGGAGCCAAUAAUAAUAAUAAUAAUAAUAAAAACACUGUACAACAGGAACAAUAGGAACCAUCCUUACAAAUACAAAGUAAUUAAAAUAAUUAAAAUUACAAUAAAUAAACAAUAAAUAAUACAUGAAUAAAUAUCAGUAAACUAUUUAAAGGUCACUUUUUGUGUUGGUUGUUAAAUGUUCACAUGAAUUGAUCUCUCUUUCUGUCCCGUCACACGGUUUUCUCCAGUUUUGGUGUUUUUGCACAUUUGUCCUGAACGUUGAGAAGAAGCACCGGCGCUGUAACGGGUUACAUGUUAUGGAUUCAUUGUGCUGUGAGUGAUGUUGGUGAAAAGAUGAUUAAUUUUAUUUGUUUUAUGCACAUUUAGAUCAACUUUCAUGACCAGAAUCCACUGUGUCAUCUAACACUGUUCACAAAAAUAUGGAAACAGGUUAUUUUAAAUGUUUAAUUUUCUUUUCUUUUUUUUGCUCAUUUUAUUUAACUACAGAUUUUAUAUGUUGAUGUUUUUGAAUAAUGUUUGAAUUACAGUAUACAGCAUUGCAUUGUGGGUGAAUGGAGCCAAAAAAAACACCACUGUAUAUUUUCUGUUUUAAACACCCAGACCUCGUUUUCACGUGGAAAAAAUAAAAUAAGCUAAAGAAACUGCCAA